GUUCGGCUCUUGAGCCGUUAAUCGUUUAGCUAAAUAAAGCCGAGGAGAACGGAAGUACGAGCGAACGCGGCUGGACGUUAAUGAAUUCGACAAUGCUCCGCGCUCACCUAACUGCAAUAAUAACGGUCGGUCCCGGCCGGGACGGGAGAUUACUCACCGGGCGACCCUCGUGAACGACCGCAGGAGAUCCAAAUAAGUGAGACAGAAUAGCAAUGAAUCACAAUGCCAGGUAUUUGAUAUUUUUAAUGCUCUGCGUAAUUUUGUCGGAAUAUGAGGCGAACGACAAAUCAAUUCUCUCAAGAAAACGACGUUACAUCGUUUUUCCCGAAGGUUCUACAUUUUCCGUCGCCCUUUGUAUGACGGUCCACACCCUAACCUCGGACAAUAUUUUCACGGAGGGUGUUAACUGGGGUAUCUCCUAUGACCUGCCCAACGAGAGCAAACCUGCCCUGGAGCCGUUUCUGCAGCUGAGAAACGAUAAACUCAAAACCGGCAACAAGCACGAUCGUUACGGUUCUACUGCAGUCGCUAAUAGGAACGGCCCUCUGAAAUAUUCAGGAUGGAAUAACGAUGUCAGGACUCACUUCGCGCCCGGCGGAAAGAAGUACCAUAAGUCGGAGUACUAUUACUUGCAAAGGAGGCACCGAAGGGAGCUUUACAAAAAAUUGGAAGUCAUCAUGAAUGCGAUGGGUUUUGAUGGCAGAACAUGCAUUCUACGUGCACUUUGCGAAGCAUCCCAACGAUUAAUGCCGAAAGGGAAUACUUUGAUAGAAGAAAUGAUGCGGAUAUCAUUCUCGUUACCCUUAAAGAGAGUGUUCUCCUUCGAACCCGACGAGCAUCGCACGUACACUCAGGCACAUAAAGCCGGCCACGAGGGCAAGGACUGCGCCGCCAUGUUUCCCGGGUGCAGUUUUUCCCUCAUCGACUUGGCCCUCGGGAAAUAUAACGCACCCCCGUCUGACCCGAACCUCACAGAUCCCGCGGCCGGAACUUUCGGCAUGGAAGACGAGUAUGCCGCGGACAGUUGGUCGAGGUACAGCAUGAAAUAACGCGAUGCAUGCAGAUGAUAAUCUGAUUCCAACGAACGUGCAUCAUAAUGUUGAUGAUCCUAUCCAAAUAAGGUAAAUGAUGAUCGCUAAGAAUGUCGAGAAAGUACAAUACAGAUAAUAGAGAAACAGACUUUUGCAAUUGCAAAUGCACAUUUUUGAUAUACGAAAUGAAUCUCUUUAUUCAAAUAUAAUCAAUUAUUGAUAUAUUUUUAUCUAUCAAUGUCCCGAAUAUUAUAGCUUUCAUAAAAAGGCAUAUUUUUGUAACUAGGUGUAUUUUACAUAUUUAGCUCCCUUUUUCAAAAUGUGUGUCGCA